AUGCGGAUCCUGUACCUGCUCUUCCCCUUCAUCCUCCUCUUGGUCCAGGGUGCUGCAGGAUCCUCCUUGGUUCCAGGAAACAAGGAGCAAUGUCAUCGAGAAAAGGGCUUCUGUGGAUUUCUGAACUGCCCUUUCCCCUUUGGCAUCUCAGGGAAAUGUUCAAGAUUUUUCUUUUGCUGCAAAAAGUAA